AUGAACAUGCUAGCGCGCCCCAUCAUAACCCUGGCGGCCCUCCUCCUCGCCGAGAACUGGCGCUACGCCGACCAAAAUGCCGCCUCCCUCGCCUCCCCCCACAGCAGAAUGCUAAAAGGAGAGUCGCAAGUGAUUGAUAAACGCAGACGCGAACCAGCGGAUGAAAAAUUUUCCAUCGAUUUCGCAGGAGAUCAACUCUUCACCAGCGUCAAAAACUGGUAUGACGAAUACAACGUCGAAGACGGAUCCGCCAACGUCACUUUCGGCAGCAUCGAAAAAAAUAUGGACUCAUUUGCCGACGAAUAUAAAAAAUUUACCACCGAUGAUUUUAAAGAGAUAAAAAAUAAAAAGGAGUUUAAAAAAAUAUACGACUCCUAUAGUGAAGAAGAGAACCACGAUGGCCGCGACCGGGCGGGCAACCGCAGGAACCCCCGAAGGGUUCACCGCAGGGGUGAAGGCCGUCAGGAUUACGACCGUGAGGAUUACGACCGUGAGGAUGACGAACGUCAGGAUUACGACCGUGAGGAUGACGAACGUCAGGAUUACGACCGUGAGGAUGACGACCGUAAAAAUUACGACCGUAAAAAUUACGACCGUGAGGAUGACGACCGUAAGGAUUACGACCGUAAAAAUUACGAUCGUCAGGAUGAAGACGACGACUACGAUCAGAGGAGGAGACGCUACCCCUCUCGCCGCGGCGCCAACGAAAGGAGAGGAGACAACUCUGCCUACUACCGCGACGAGAAGAAGAACCAGUCCUACUACGACAGGGAUGAGAAGAAGAGCCAGUCCUACUACGACAGAGACGAUAAGAAGUCCCCAUCUUACUACGACAGGGAUGAGAAGAAGAACCAAUCCUACUACGACCGAGACGAUAAGAAGAACCAAUCAUAUUACGAUAGGGAUGAUAAGAAAUCCCCAUCUUACUACGACCGAGACGAUAAGAAGAACCAAUCCUACUACGAUAGGGAUGGGAAGAAGAACCAAUCCUACUACGACCUAUAUGACCAGAAGAAGUCCCAGUCCUCCUACUACGACCGAGAGGAAGACGAAGAGAGAUAUACCAAGCGAACCAGAGAAGCCGUAAAGGGAGAUAACGUCAGAAACAGAAUGGAAGAGCUAAAGAACAUGAAUAGCUACGAAGCGCAGAUGUGCGCAAAUCGCUCCUCCGAUAUGCUCCAAAGAGGAAACAACUUCCAAACAGGAAACAACUUCCAAAGGGGAAACAAUUUCCAAAAGGAUAAUAUGCCAAUUCCUCAACAGAGGAGACAGUCAUUUGGAGACACUGCAAGUCAAUACAGCAAUAAAAAAAAAUCGUCCAACCCGAUAAAAAACUUCUUCCAAAGAAUCGACAGGAAAGUCGAAAAGGAGUUGCUUCGCUCUAUGUACCCUCAGAUAACUGGCGAUAAUAAUCACUCCCAAAAAAAUAAAUCCUUCUCUGGAAAAUUAAAAAGUGCUUUCUCCAGGUUCAAAAUUUUCACUCCAGUUUUAGGUAUCGUUAUAUCUGCAAUAAUAAUGACGGCGGAAGGUUAUGAGUUUGCCCCUCUUUUUUUCGCCAUUGCCAUUAUCAUAAUAAUUUACCUCACAUUUAAGUUACGCAAAGUUAACAAGAUGAUUGAGGCUGCCUAUGAAGAUGAGGAAGACGAGGAUGAACCCGCACCGAAGGGACUUCCAAACAGUGCCGCCAUGGGGAGGGGACUUCCAAACAGCGCCGCCAUGAUGAGGGGAAUUCCAAACGGUGGUGCCCCAAUGAUGAGAGGCGGCAUGCCAAACGGUGGUGUCACUGUGAUAAGACCCAUGACAAACGGCGGCAUCCCUGUGAUGAGGCCCAUGACCAACGGUGCUCCAAUGGCGAGACCCAUGGCCAACGGUGCUUCCCCUAUGAUGAGACCCAUGCCAAACGGACAAGGAAAUUCAUGGGCCCCAGAAAGUAACAACCGAAGAAGAUACUAA